AUGCAGAGGACUGGAAGUGUCACCAGUUCUGCGUGGGAAUCAGGAGUUCGGUUUGAAAAGCGGGUUCGGUUUGCGAAAUCUGAGAGGCAUCAGCGCUUGUCCUGUCUUAUGAGCCCAAAUCAACAAAGAAGCCAACAAGUCGGGCCUUGGAACAGUAUCUCUAAGGAGCGCAGAUCAGAAAUUAGAUCGCCGGACUCAAGAUCCUGCCUACACUCUGGGGGCCCCAAAGCAUACAUUCCCUCCCACCAAGAACAGAGGAGCCUGCUAACCAAGACAGGACCUCACUUGCCACACUGUUCACCAGACCUGGAGGACACCUGGGUCGUAGGGGACAAGGAAGGCUUCACAGCCCAGGAGGACAUGAGUCAUGUCCCGAAAGAACCAGCAAGAGCCGUUCUGAGAAAGGACGUCAGAACAAGAGCCUGUGAGGAGACUGGGCGGGCAGGGGAGGCCGGGGCCACGCAAGGUUCCCCACGAGAGCUCCCCGAUCCCGGAGCAGACCAGCAUGGCGCCGAAAUUUCUCCAGAGCUCUGCUCUGCUCCGAGAGGAGAGGGUCCAAGCAGGUGGGAAGUCCCAGGCCUUCCAAUGACCUGCUGUCGCCCACGCCUGGGCGUGGCAGGCCACGAAGGUGGAGACAGGCCCCUGGCUGCUGGGCCGGAGAAGGAACUGCGGCAGAGGUCAGCCCCCUGCGCGCGGGAUGCCCCAAGUGAGGAGCUGCCUGCCUUGUGCACCGUCCCUGGAGGGAAGCCACCAUCAGACGCCCCUGGAGACCCAGCUGGGACAGGUACUGGGAGAGGGGACCAGCCGUCCAGCUCGGGGACUCUCCACAAAGGCACACCUCUGGCCCCACCUGGACCCCAGUCUCCUGGGGAAGGCUGUUCCUUCCUAGGGAAAGAGGCAAAGCCCGGGAAGAUGUCCUACUCUUCUGCCUCCAGUAAGAAAACACCCGGCGCGGGGGGUCCGGCCUCCACGCCACCUCCCAGCGGCACCCAGUCAGCCCGAGCCGCACACAACCCAGUGCCUUGUGGGUCAGGCCGGGGGCCCUGCCAUCUGGCCAACCUCCUCAGCACAUUGACUCAGAGCAGCCAAAGCACAGAACAGAAGAGGUCCCUGGAAGCGACCUGCCAAGUUCGGAAAAAGACCCGGACCCUGUACCGCUCCGACCAGCUGGAGGAGCUAGAAAGGAUCUUCCAAGAAGACCACUACCCAGACAGUGAUAAGCGCCGGGAGAUUGCCCAGACCGUGGGGGUCACCCCCCAACGCAUCAUGGUAAAGGGGGCUGGCCAACUGGCGUCAGGGUGGCGUGAAGCCACCACCUGGUGCCCUUGAAGGAGGAGCUCUCCCCCACAGGUGUGGUUCCAGAAUCGCCGGGCCAAGUGGCGGAAAGUGGAGAAGCUGGAGAAGGAGGACAAGGACACUCCUGCGGGCCCCGCCCCUGCUGUGGCCAGCACGCCGUGCAGCUCUGCACCUGAGCUGCCAGCCACUGUGCCCAUGGACCCAGAGCCUGGUGCCUUCCCUCAGGAGCCCCCUCUGGAUCCUCUUGCAGAGCCUCCCAUGCUGCUGACCUCUGAGCAGACUCUGGCCCCCACCCCACAGAGUGAGGGUACUCACAGGGUGGCAAUGACCCCGCCACUCUUCAGCCCUCCACCAGUUCGAAGAGUCAACCUUCCUUUCCCCCUUGGCCCUGUCCCAACCCCACAACUGAUGCCUCUGCUCCUGGAUGCUCCCAGCAGUGACGGCAGCCACAAAGAUGGCUCCUGGGGGACGAGCGUCACACCACCAUCCAGCUGCUCCUACUUGGAAGCCCUGGAGCCCCAGGAUUACCCCCAGAGUGCCCAGCCGGGGCCCUUCCCGUUCCCCCAGGCUCCACAGAGCCAGCUCUACCAACAGCCUCAGCCCCAGUUCCCCUACCUGCCCCCCUUCCCCUUCCCUGUGCCCCACCCCCUGCAGCCUUUGCUGCAAGAUGACCCCCUCUUCCCAUCGCCCUACGGUCCCUGCGCGGGGACAUCACAGGGUUACUUCCUGGGACCGCCACCGCCAUCAGAGCAGACGGUGCUGCAGCCACCGGCUGGGAACGCAGGUACGGUCCCCUGGAAUGACCCUUGCUUGCCAGAACUGCCUUUCCCUGGCCCCUUCUGUCCGCAAGCCCUGGGCCAGCCCCCGGGAGGCGAUGGCUACUUCCCGGAUCUGCCUCCAGCACCCUAUGCUCAGGCCCUGAGCAGGCAGCCUUCUCCAGACGUCACCCGGCUGCCCAUGGGGGCCAGACCGGAAACAGGGUCCCUCCUGGGCAAGGCCCAAGGGGAGCAGCCUGUGCCCUGCAUGGAGGGGCCCUCCGCAGCAGAAGAGCUGGGAGCAGAAGAGAAGACGGGCCGUGGCCCCUAG